AUGGGUCUCCUUUUUGAAACAAAUCCAACCGAAGGACCAUCACCCAUCGGUUAUCAGUUUCAGGAUUUGAGCAAAUCUAUCCAGAAACUACCGUGGUCGAAGUCUAAAGCUACCCCUAGUUGGAAGUUAGCAACUCAUGGUCUCAAUCUUGAAGGUAAAUUUGAUGUUACUGAAAUUAAAUUGAGGAAUAAGCUCACAUUUUUCUUUCAUAUUUUCUCUGGGCACAAAGGAUAUUGUAAAAAUAUUCUUUGCGAAGCUUACGAAAAUCGAGUCAUAAUCAUGUGGGGUUACCGCAACUUUGAUUUUUAUUAUAACGAACAUAAAUGUCGAUGUCCACGCUGUAAUAAAUAUGUUGAACCCAUCACCUGUGGGUUCGUCAACACUCACUGGAAAUACGAAGGGGUAAAAAAGGUAAAAGGUCAUCCUCCAGAGAAGGUUAGAUGUGAUUGGAAAUUUGCUGAGGAUGACGGAUAUACAACAUUUGAACGUGAAGAUAUUGUAUCAUGGCAAAGGCUCACAAUCAGUAUCAAAAAACCAUAA